AUGAAGGGUGUAAAGGGGAAGCUCUUGAAGAAGUUGAAGACGAUCAAAACAAUCGGGUACCUGAAACCUGAUCGAAUUCUUCAUGUUAAUGCAGCCGAUGGGCUUAUCGAUAAUUUCUUUCCGAAACCGAACAGUAAAUGUGAAUCCCUUUCGGUUCCUGAAGAAGGACAGCAGAUCGAAAAAAAGAGCAGUGUUUCAGUCCAAGAACAUGAAAUUAUUGAUGUAUCGGAGCUCAUGAAGGAUCUUCAAGAUGAUGAUGGAUCCGAUACGGAUAGUGUUGUUGAGGACAAAGAGAAUGUUCGACCCGUUGGUGCCCUGGUUACUGAUCAUAAACUGGUCCAUGCGAAUUCCAAGAUUCUUGCUGCUAAACCUUUGUUGGAGAUUGACAUCUCGUCGUUCCGGCCACCGGAUUUAGAUUCCGGCACACUUUUCGACCCGAAUCUUUUAGCUGCUUUUGAGCAGGCGGUUUUGGAGUUUAAAGCACAAGAAGCAGAGAGGAGAAAUAGAGUUUUACAGAACAUCGAAGACUAUUUAGAUCAAGAACCAGAGACAGAGCCGCCAUUGAAGUCGCUAAAAUUAGAUGAAAUCGCAAAUCCCCUUUCGGAUUUCGAGAAAAUCUGUCCGCCUGGAGGAAAAAAUUCGGUGAUUCUGUACACAACAGGAUUCAGAAGCAUCAGAAAGACAUUCGAAGAUUGCUCCAGUAUCCGAUUUUUACUCGAAAGUUUUAGGGUUUUAUACCAAGAACGAGAUCUAUCCAUGCACUUGGAUUUCAGAGAUGAACUAUGGCGGAUUCUGGGCCGAAAAGUAGCACCGCCGAGGCUGUUUAUAAACGGUAGGUACAUCGGAGGAGCAGAGGAAGUUUUACGGUUGCACGAGCAAGGGAAGUUCCGGCCACUACUAGCUGAAAUACCGCUAAAGACGUCGGAAGGGCCAUGCGAAGGGUGUGCUGGAGUUCGGUUUGUGGUGUGUUGUAAUUGCAGCGGUAGCCGGAAGGUGGAUUCCGGUGAACAAGGAUUGCCGGAAAAGUGUCCUGAAUGUAACGAGAAUGGGCUUAUCAGAUGCCCUGUUUGCUGCUGA